CCGGCUCAUUUACUAUAAUAUAUGUUAAAUGUACCCAAAUGCAAGGAGCGAAACAUUUAGAAUCCAAAAUGGAAUCCAAUUCGGUGGAGAGUCAAGGUUUACUUGAUGAAAACCAGCCUGCCCGGCCUACAGACCCACUGUCACAGAUGAAACAUGAUCUGGAAGGAUGGAGAGAGGUGCUGUUACCUCUAAAUAAUCUACUUAACUGGGAUAAACCUGUCUACCCUGGCAUUAUUGUCGCAUUCACCACCUUUCUCUUCUUAAUGAUCUGGUAUUUUGAACCAUCAGUUCUUACAACAUUCUCGAUUCUUGGCCUGAGUUUGAGUCUCAUAGACUUCUUGGUGCCCCUAGUUGGUCCUACAGUACUGGGACGCAGUAAAUGGACUGGUGUGCAGGAGAAGCAAUAUGAACAGAUAUGUAUCAGGAUUCUCAACUUUCGUUAUCACAUCUCAGAUGUAAUAGAUACAAUGGUAACGCUGAAAAAUGAGCGACCAAAAGUUUAUUUCCUGCUGGUUAUGGGCUUCCUGACUUUGUUUGCAUGGAUUGGCAGCAAGAUGGACAACCUUCUUCUUACCUUCCUUAUAUUGAAUCUCACCUUACUGAUGCCAGGUAUGAGAAGGCAGAAGGUCAUUCAAGGUUACCUGAACAAAAUUGGAGCUGUAUUUAAGAAAACAGUGCUUGGAAAAUCGAAGACAAAAUAAAGCAGGGGUGGUGAUCCAUACGACCACACCUGUGACAUUUUGAACUAAUUUUAAUUGUGCAAUACAUUUGUAUUUUUGGGGGCUUAAAAGAUUGGUGAUGGUCAUUGUUGGCUUUAGAUAAUUUAUUCAAGCAGAAAAUCAGACAGAGAAGUAUUAACCACUGCAGUGCCAGAUACAUGAAGAAAAUCCUUCCAAACAUACUUACAUUUCUGUCCCCACAAUAGAAUAUAAGGAUUAUAACAUAGAUUAUAAAGAACAAGGUUUUUUUUAUGCCACUGCAGCAUCUAUGAUGCAGUAGCAUAUGGUGAUUCACCUCUGUCUGUGUGUGUGUGUGCGCGUGCAUGUGUGUGCAUGCGCAUGUGUGGAUAAGUGAACUUAAAAAAGUCUUUUUCUAAUCCACUAGUCCAUUUUCAACUAAACUUAACGGGAUUAUUCUUUAAAGGCUUCAAAAGUUGUUCAAAGAAUUUCAUUCUAUGCAGAAAUCUGGUUGACAUGGCAACCAAAAGAAAUUAUAAGAAGAUAUUUAAAAAUCUUCUCAAGAACCACAAGGCCAAGAGCAUAGAUAUUUGGAUAAGGCAUUGUCUGGUGGACCUCUACCAAGAUUCUAAUUAUAGUCCUGCCAUCAAUAUUUUCCCGCCCUGGGUUAAUGUUAUGAAAAGAAAAAUUUGACCUAGUGACCUACAUCCUGAUAUACAACUGACCUCCAAAUUCUCUAAAUCUAUUUUUUCUAAAACAAAAAAAAUGAACUACUGCUGUUCUUACUAUUUUAUGUUGUAUAUUGCGGUGGCAGCAUUUUUUUCACAAAUGCAAUCUUGAUUAUUAUUCUUUUGUCAUUAUUUGUGUUGCAAUUUUAUAGUGCCUUUCAAUAAUUUUGGUUUAGAAUAUUAGCAAUGCAUUACAAUUUUAAUUAAAAUCCACCAUUCCAUCCAUGUAUCCAUUUAUCAAUUACAAUCCUACCGGUUUAACCAGAGGGGACUUAAGGUUUACCCUCGUCUGUCUGUCUGUCCAAUCGUCGGUCCGUCUGUCCACAAAAACUGAAUCCUGUGAUAACGUAAAAAGUACUGAAAACAUUUUUAUGAAACUUUAAGAAUAGGUAGAUGGCAGUCUAGAGAUUAUGCACAUCUUUUUCUUUUCUUUCAAUGUCCUGGAAUAAAUGAAAUAAUAGAGCACCUUAAAGCCUGUUCAGUAUUUUUGUCUAAUGGUGAAGAAUUAUAUUUCCUUCAUGAGUAAUGAUGGAAAUUCCUCCCACUUUUAGUCUUUAAUCAUUCCACAAAUUUGGACGCUCCCCAAGAGUUUUUCAGCAUCAUGUUCACUCCAUCUUACUACUAUGUUUACAUUUUAGCGAAUUUCAUUCAUUAAACACUUUAUCAAGAGAUAAUUGGGAAAAUCUGUCAUCAUGGGAGGUCUAUACAACAAGAAUUAAGAGAUAGAACAUGUCUUAUCCUAUAAAUCUAGUAUUAAGUUGUACAAAUUCAAAAAUAAGUAGCCUUUACAUAAAAAUAUUAGUUUGUACAUCUAAGUUUUAGCUGGUGUUGUACUCGUCGGUUGAGGUCUUUAGUAUGAUAAAAAAGAUUUAGGUUCAUUAAUGUCUUCCACAAUGGCAUAAUUGAAUAGCCAUAACCCUUCAGAAUGUUGCUGACAUAUUCUUGUGGGGUUCUAUCUGGUAGGGGACUUUUGUAUUGCUUGCAAUGCUUUGAUAAUUGCUUGUUCUUAAUGCUGUUUAUUAUGCCCCCGCCAUAUAAUGGCUGGAGCAUAUAGUGUUACCCUGUUCCGUCAUUCUGUCAUUCCGUCAUCAUCAGUUUCCGUUCAUUAUCUUAGUAAAUGCUGCACACAUUCAACUCAAAUUUGACAUAUAGAUAUGUCAUGAGAAAAUACAGGUCAAGUUUGAAUUUGGUCAUGGUUCGAUAAUUUUUGGCAGAGUUAUGCCCCUUUCACUUUGAAAAUAGUAUGAAAUUUUCAGUUUCAUUCAUUAUCUCCCCAACGAUAUUACACAUUCAACUCAAACUUGACAUAUAGUUAUGUCAAAGGAAUGGGCAGGUCAAGUUCGAAUUUGGUCAUGGUUUGAUGAUUUUGGCAGAGUUAUGCCCCUUUAACUUUGAAAAAAAAGGAAAUUUUCAGUUCCCAUUCAUUAUCUCCCCAACAGUUGUACAUAUUCAACUCAAAUUUAACAUAUGGAUAUGUCAUAAGAAUGCGUUGGUCAAUUUCGAAUUUUGUCAUGGUUUGAUGAUAGCUGACAGUUAUCUUAAACUUUGAAAAAAAUCAGAAAUUUUUAGUUUCCGUUCAUUAUCUCCCCAAUGGUUGUACACAUUCAACUCAAAUUUAACAUAUAGAUACAUCUUAGGAAUAAGCAGUUCAAGUUUGAAUUUGGUCAUGGUUCAAUGAUUUUGGACAAAGUUAUCUCUCUUGAAUGUUGGAAAAAGUUUGAAUUUUUAGCUUCAGCACUCAUACUUUUGUGGAAAUGUAUGUAGCCAUUAUUUUGGCUAUAAAUAUGCAAUAUUCAAUUUACUAAAGGUCAAAACUGAAUAGUUUCAGUGCCUUGAACUUUGUAUAAAAAUGGUUUGUGUUGACAUUAAAUAGUUUUAAGGGCUUUGAACUUAAAAUGAAAAAAAUAGUUUGUGCAAACAAAUUUGGAACUAAAUAUUAUAACAUCUGAAAUUUUGGCUGCAUGCGGGGGCAUCCGUGGCGUGAUGACAUAUUUCUAGUCUUGUAUCAUUACAUAUUUCAUUAUAACUUAUGUUUGCCAUGUUUGUAUAUAUGUUUUGCCAUCAUUCUUCAAUUAUGUGCCAAAGUUCAUCAGACUUUUGUUGUUUUAUUGAGUUUAUGCUUUAACAUUUGUUUGUUUUAGUGUCACAUGCUUCUUGAAUAUUAUUUAAUAGUCUAAACCAUCAUGAUUCAUGAAAUCAUUUAACUAAUAAUUGACAUUGAAGGUCUCAAAGUAUUGAAAUUUUCAGCCACUCAAAGGUCAAGGUCACACUUGGUGGGUUGGCGCAAAACCCGUGUCCGGAACAUAACUUCUACAUGCUUGGCAGGAUUUUAAUAUAGCUUUGGACAAAUGUUCUCCAUAGUAAGGUGGAGUUUCGCGCGUAAAAUAAAGGGUGUCUGUUGCAAUGGUCAAGGUCCUAUUACAGGGUCAAAGGUCAAAUAAAUUAAAUCAUUCAUUUGUGAGUAUAACUUAACAAAUGUUCUCCAUGGUGAGUUGAGUUGUCUAGUGCAAAAUGAAGGUCAAGGUCACAAGAGGUCAAAUAAAAAUAUCAAAAUUUGUCUUCACUGUAUUUUGCUUAUGCCAUGGGCAUGUCUUGUUUCUGUAACUGGCUAAAACUUUGUUAUAAAUGAAUGGAUUUACUUCAUUUUGGGACAUGUCAUUCUUUAGGAUAAGACCUUCUGUGUUUCAAACUCAAGUUGACCUUGGCUCAUUACUUCCAGUUUACACAGAAUUUUACUUGUGAAUAACAAUACCUCCAAGCAUCAACCAAAAUAUUUGUCUCCCAUAGUGUGUUGCUCUGCAGAGAUUAUAAUGAUAUACAAAUAUCUGUUUGUAAAUUAAGUUUGUACUCAUUUAUACUACUAGCAAUUGAUGUAUGAAAAUAUUUGGAACAUUUUACAUAUAUUAGUAAUAUAUGUCAUGCCAUUCAGGUGUAUAUGUUUUAUUUCAAUCAGUUGUAUUAGUAUAAAAUUUAAAUAAUUCUUUUUGUGUGUUGAGAAAUGUUUGUAAACCAUUACCUUCUAUGUACCAGUUAAUACAUGUAUUUAUCGUGAAAUAGAUUUUGUACAUUGUAUUGUAAAUUUGGUUGAAGUAUUCAAUCAGUAUUGAUCUUCUGUAUUAAUGAUUUAAAUCUCACCAAUCUGUAGUAUGCAGUAAAUUUAAAUAAUGCUAUAUCUGUAUGGUUUUCUCCACAUUUCUUUUACAUUUUUGUUGUUCAGAGUGGAUAAACAUGUAUGGCAAAAAUAUGUUGAGAUUUUGACCAUUUUGAAAAUGUUGCUUUUGUAUUAUAAAAAUAUUGUAACAAUCUUAUUAAUAAUUUGUUGUUGUAAUGUAAAGGUAUAACUUGUCAUUUUAUUGUGAAAAAUGUGCUAUCAACCACAUCUGUAAAUAUUUUACCUUCAUGUAGAUCUAUAAGAAUUUCCUCUGUAAAUUUUUCGUUCACAGUUACAAAUAAUUUUCAACAGUGAUCUAUUAGGAUUAGUCAGCUGUUCGUCAUUCUAAAUUUGAAUUUCUAAAACUCAGUAGGUCACUGUUUUGUUUUGUUUUUCAUCAAACUUUAUCAGUCUUAAUGAUGUUUGUGACAAAUUCGAAUAUGAAUCAUCUGGAGUCAAAAUUAUCACCAUGUCUUACUAAAGGAAAACCUAUUUAACACUCUAACAGUGACAUUUUGAUAAUUUGAGAUUUGUUUCAUAUUUAAUGUCGUAACCAGUCAAUAACAUGACUUGUUACAAAGAAAAAUUCAGACUUUGCUGGCUCUUGAGUGAUUGUAAAAUAAACAGAGUUGCAUUCAGGUGAGCAACAAAAGGGCCAUCAUGACUUUCUUACUGUUAACUAUGUAAAAGUGUGGGAUUUCUGUGUUGAUUUAUUUCUUCACAAUAUGGUAUAGUUAGUACUAACACUUUAUUUAUUUGAAUGCAUUUUAUUAAUUUCUUCAUUUCUCAUAUAAUGUGUUUUACUUUUUUUUUUAGCUUUAUUAAAAUUUAUUCCUUAUUUAAUCUGUCUGCUGUUGUUUUUGUUUUCUAUAUCUUUGCUGUUAACCACUAAACAAUUUAUGUUGAUGCAUCAAAGCUUUAAAGUGUAUAUAGUUAUAUCUUAUGAAAUAUUUUAUAAAAUUUAUCAACAGUAAAAUUGAAUUGUUUCCAUAAUCUUAUGUUUGAUUCUCAAAAAAGUUGUAACAUUGAAUGUCUCUGUUAUUUAAUAUAUAGAGGAUAUUGAAUGAGUGUAGGUUAAAUACUUAAUUUGUUGAACGAGUUGAAUAAAAUGAUAUUAUGCGAGCCUCUGGCGAGCAUAAUAUUGUUUUAUUCAACGAGUUUAAUAAAUUUAGUAUUGAAUCUGCACGAAUAUAAUAUUCUAUUUAUCACAUAUAUAAAAUAAGAACGGUAAACUGUUAUCAAGAGUCUUUUUUUGACGCGCCUGUAAUGUAACACUAACAUUAGCGCGCUUUAACGCUAUGUUUAUAGCGCAAAUGACGUGACAUCAAAGUGUUAUUACACUAGUGUAAUAUCGUCUAGUGUUAUAUCGUUUUUAUUAAAUGGUUUUAUUACACUCCUGCGCCGCGGUUUAUGUGAUAAAUAUGAAUAAUGUAUGUAAACAGAAUAAUAUAUUCUAGAACAAAAUAUUAUACUUUCAUUUUACAUAGGGUUUUAUCCAUAUGCCAAUGACUUCAUGCAUACGCUGUUUGCUUUUAAGGCAGUUUACUACCAUAUUUUAUUUCAUACAAGCAUUUAUGAAGUAUUCUUUUUUUUUUAAUUCAAACAAUAGUUUCUUGCAACAGAUAUAUAUGUUUGUACAAAUGUUUAUUAUUUUAUAUCUGUGAAGGCAUCUUGAUUCUGGACUUGCAUACAAACUUAAAAUAAUAUAUCAUUUGCAAAAAUAAGAGGACCAAAAGGUUCUGUACUGAUUAUUACCUUGUGAAAGUAUAAAAUGUAAAAAUAAACACAUAUAUUGUGUUGAAUUCAAAACAAGAAGACAAUAUUAGAGAAAAACAGCAGAAAUGUACCAUUUUUAGACAUUUAUGUUAAUGAAAAUUUUCAUAGAAGCAUUGAAGCAUUAAGGAGUACAAUGUAAUUACUACACAAACAAUAAUUUGAUAGGUUAUCAGGUAAAAAAGUAACAAAUAUAAUAGAAUUAGGAUUUUAUUUUUGAUGUUAGACUGUAUUUGUUUUCCCACCUCUGUAAGGUUUCAUUACUUGUCAUACAAUAAAGAUUUUAAAUAUUCAAA